AUGGACCAGUACAAAGCGCACCUGGCAGCCCGGGUGCUCCAGGAAUCGCGCCCUAUCACCUACAAGCUGCUGAGCCGUGAGCUGAAGGUCCACGUUCACCAAGCAAAACAAAUGCUCUACCAUUUCCACGCAACCGAGAAUCAAAAAAAGCCUGGUUCCGUCCACGCUACCUACAUCAUCACCGGCACGAAACACCCUGAGCCCGCGACCCAAGCCAAUGGCCAUGGCGAUGAAGACGUACCGAUGCCCAGCAGUCCAAUUCCUAGCUCUUUACCCGACGCCCCUGCCGAAGAUGAGGAAAGCCGUCUGAAGGUCACAUCGAUCAAGCUGGUGGGGGAGGAACAUAUGGACGAGGCCAGAGCAGAAUUCGAAGAGAUCACAUCCAUUCAUGUCUACAGCCUGGAGCCAGGUCCUCUGAAGGACCUUCAGAUUCUCUCUGACUGCACUCGCGAGAUAGCUGAGAAGUGUGCCGAUGAGGACCCGCUUCACGCAUGGGAAACCUACGGCUCCAUACACAAUCCGCACUCAAAGAGGAGGACACCUGGAAUUAAGCCUCAGGCUCCAGCACCUGUUGCUACAUCUGCCCCGACGAAGACAGCCCCCCGCCCGAGUACUACGGCCGUAUCCAGUAAGGAAGUGCCAGCCAAGGGUCGCGAAUCGCAAGCUGCCCCUCGCCAAUCCACCCCACAAGUCGAUUCCGCGGCAUUACCGAAGAAGAAUGUUGAUAAACAAAGCUUGAAGAAGAAGGAGGCCUCGAGUAUCUUCGCAUCGUUCGCAAAGGCACAGCCCAAGAAGAAAACAGCUGAGUCGGGAGCUUCAACGCCGGCCACGAAGUCAGCGGAGCAGAGUCAAGCGGAAGAUGAGCCGAUGAGGGAUGCUUCAGAGGAAGAAGGAGAGGAUGACGACGUAGUCAUCACUGGCGCGAAUCAGAAAUCCAAGGAAGAGAAUGCUGAGGCGAUGAAGAAGGCCCGGGCCGAGCGAGAAGCGAGGGAAAAGAAGCUUCGAGAUAUGAUGGACGAAGACGAUGAUGAUGCAAUUAUGCAGGAUGCGCCGGCUGCUGCAUCCGAGGAGCUUGAGGAACCUGAGAAGUUGGACGCAGAUGCACCUGCACCUGCGAAGCCCGAACCAGAACCAGAGAAGAAGGACGAAGUCACGGUAUCCAAUGGCCGCAGAAGGGGACGGAGGCGUGUCAUGAAGAAGAAGACCUACAAGGACGAUGAAGGAUACUUUGUCACGAAAGAAGAGCCGGUCUGGGAGUCCUUCUCGGAGGAUGAGCCCCAACCCAAGAAGCCCAAGCCUAACCCUACGACGACAACGAAGCCGAAGAAGGGCGGUGGAAAACAAGGACAGGGAAGCAUCAUGUCUUUCUUCGCGAAGAAGCCCUCUUAA